CCUCCGCCCCUCUCAGCCUUCAGUCGCCCGAAUGUCCGCCCCCACCCCAAAGAUCGCCCCCGCGCGUCACACCCUCCUGGUCCUGUCGGGCAAGGGCGGCGUCGGGAAGAGCUCCACCUCGGUGCUGCUUGCCCGGUGUCUGGCCGCCCAGGGCUUCCGCGUGGGCCUGCUCGAUGUGGACCUGUGCGGCCCGAGCAUCCCGACCAUGCUUGGCUUGACGGCCAGCUCGGUGCGGCGCUCGCCGGCCGGCUGGAUCCCCGUCUUCGCGGACGAGGCCCAGCGCCUGUCGGUCAUGUCGAUCGGCUUCAUCCUGCCCGGGCGCGAUGACCCGGUCAUCUGGCGCGGCCCGAAGAAGACCGCCAUGAUCCACCAGUUCCUCAGCGAGGUGUCCUGGGGUCCGCUGGACUUCCUCAUCAUCGACACCCCGCCCGGGACCUCGGACGAGCACCUGGCCGUGCUGGAGGCGCUGACGGCCGCCUCGCCGGAGGCGGCCGAGGCCGGUGCCCGGCCGUACCACAUCGACGGCGCGGUCAUCGUUUCUACUCCGCAGCUGGUGGCCCUGGACGAUGCGCGCAAGGAGAUCUCCUUCUGCCGGACUGUGUCGAUCCCGGUGCUCGGCGUCAUCGAGAACAUGAGUGUCUUCACGUGUCCCCACUGCUCGACGUGUACGCCCGUCUUUGCUACGGGCGGGGCCGAGCGCACAGCCGCCGCCCUUGGUUGUGCCUUCCUCGGCCGCCUGCCGCUGGAUCCGAGGCUGACCCGGCUGCUCGAGCGCGGGGGUGACCCCUUUGCCCCGGCGGCGGCGCCCGCGCCCGCGCCCGCGCCUGGCCAGCCCGCCGACCCGCUCAACGGCCCCCUCGGCGAGGGGACCAUGACCGCCAUCUCCACCACUGUGGGGGCCAUCCUCCAGUCGAUCGGUGUUGCCGCCCCGGCCGCCGGCCAGUGAUGUGCCCCGCCUCCCCGCUCAUGUGUCUGCACACACGCACGCGCGCGCGUACACACAUACCAACGCGCUCGCCCACGUCUGGCCACACGGUGAAUAGACACUUUUCUAGACACA